AUGCUUUCAACACCAGUCAAAAUACAGCAAGAACAUCACACACCAUACAAUAUGCUUUCAACACCAGUCAACACCAGCAAGAACAUCACACAUCAUACAAUAUACUUUCGACACCAGUCAAAAAUGAGCAAAACAUCAUACAUCACACAAUAUGCUUUCAACACCAGUCAACACCAGCAAGAACAUCAUACACCAUACAAUAUACUUUCAACACCAGUCAAAAUGCAGCAAGAACAUCAUACAUCACACAAUAUGCUUUCAACACCAGUCAACACCAGCAAGAACAUCACACACCAUACAAUAUGCUUUCAACACCAGUCAACACCAGCAAGAACAUCAUACAUCAUACAGUAUACUUCCAACACCAAUCAACACCAGGAAGAACAUCAUACAUCACACAAUAUACUUCAACACCAGUCAACACCAGCAAGAACACCCAAUAUGCUUUCAACACCAGUCAAAAUACAGCAAGAACAUUACACAUCAUACAAUAUACUUUCAACACCAGCAAGCACAUCAUACAUCAUACAAUAUGUUUUCAACACCAGACAAAAUACAGCAAGAACAUCAUACACCAUACAAUAUACUUUCAACACCAGUCAACACCAGCAAGAACAUCAUACAUCAUACAAUAUGCUUUCAACACCAGUCACCACCCUCAUACAUCAUACAAUAUGCUUUCAUACAUCAUACAAUAUGCUUUGUCCCACACCAGUCCACAUCAUACAUCACCACAUUGCCUUUAACACAGUCACACACCAACACCAAAAUUACAGCACAAACAUACAAUCAUACAAUAUGCUUUCAACACCAGUCAACACCAGCAAGAACAUCAUACAUUACACAAUAUACUCUCAACACCAGUCAAAAUACAGCAAGAACAUCAUACAUGUCAGUACAGAGCAUAUAUACUUCAACACAGUAUAUUCAUACAUCACACAAUAUCCUUUCAACACCAGUCAACACCCUCAUACAUCAUACAAUAUGCUUUCAACACCAAUCAACACCAGCAAGAACAUUACACAUACAACAUCAUACAAUAUCCUUCAACAACCAGUCAACACCAGCAAGAACUUUACACAUCAUACAAUAUACUUUCAACACCAGUCAACACCCUCAUACAUCAUACAAUAUGCUUUCAACACCAGUCAACACCAGCAAGAACAUUACACAUCAUACAUCAUACACCAAAAACCCUAA